AUGAGUGUGCAACGCUACAAAUUAAUAUUUAUACUGAUAUUUUUCAUCCACCAGUCAAGUGCCAGCGAUCUACCGCCGCACGGUGGGGUUUAUCCUCGUCCGAGCAGUCGGAGCGCCACCUCGAAUUUGCCCCCAGAAAAUAAUGCUCGAUCGAUGUUUUCCCCCCGAAUGGAAUAUAAUGAAUGGCAUCCUGUUGGACGAGGUGAUCCGUUAAAGAACGAUCCAACUUUCGAUUAUAGUCCACCAGUUCUGGAACGAGUACGGUACUGGCCGGAAAACAUGGCCAACAAAGACAAGAGCAGUGACAUCCUGCUUCUGGGAGUACCUUCGAAAAAGUCAAGUUCAAAGGCAGUUGACCAACAACUAGGAUGGAGUAAUAAUAUUCCAGUACGGCGCAAUUUUUAUCAUCACCAAAUAAACCAGUUACCAACGGUUCUUAUGCCGCCCCCACUCAAUAAUCAUCUUCAGCAGGAGAGCAACGAUGGAUAUCUCUGGUCUCAGGCGAACACUCAUCAACCACAGCGCUUUGAAGCGGAAGGAUUCCGCUACAAACCAGCUGGGACCAUGACGAAUCCUGCUAAUAGUUUUGUAAAUCAAUAUGCGGGCUCGAAGUAUACUGAAACAUCAAUGAUGCAAAUGGCUUCUUAUCAACAGCAAAACUCAAUGCAAGCGCAUCCCAACCAACAGUAUACAACCACUCUUCGUCUGACAACUCCCAGCGAUGGCAGCCAUAGGAAACCCAUUCUACAAACAAUUCUUCAAAAUGAAAAAGCGUACCCUUUCACAAAAUCCGUCGCAACAAAAACUAUUACUGAAUACACAUCCACAUUUUACAACCCACAAAGCAUUAACGCCAUGGCAACAACAGUCAUACACGAACCACAAACCAUUGAGUAUUUAACCUCGGAAACGUCCCACGUUAUUCCAACUGUCAGUACAGACAUCCGAGCCCCUCAUGUGACACCCGCUGCAUUUAUUGCACCGAUGACCACCGUUCGUACUCUUCCUACUGCAAUUACAACCUCCACCACUACCACCACCGUUUCCCCACCACCUUCGAUAACGGCAGACUCGCUAUUCUCCCAUUACAAUGCACCAGUGAAGAUUACAAACCGAGCUCCAUUGUAUCUAAUAAUUGAAGGUCACUCGAAAGUCAAAACAUACGGUCUAAACAAUAACAAUACACUGAUGCUGCCCCCGAAAAUGGUUCCUGUUGUGGGCUCCAAGGAUCCCGUCAUUCGGCAUGUAGUCAAUCGUGGUGAGUCCGGUGCCGAAAUGGAAGUACCUCAUAUCACGAUGAAGCCCUCGACAACUACACCGGGGCCCUCUUCAGACGAAGAAACCAGUGCAGAGAAAUCCGCAAUCGACUCUCUGCUUGGUCUGCUAGAUUCUUCCUUUGGAGGAUACUUGCUCAGAGGGGAUUCCGGUGCAAAUUCCAUAGAUAGUACCGAAGGCGACAAAGACUCGAAAGCACGAAGGAAUGCCAGAAGUGCUCAUGGAGAACACCAGGAAAGGAAGGAAGUAUAUGUUGGAGGAUCUUUUGUGGCUGGCCACAGCUCGGCGUCAUCCAAUGAGUACCGUAGAGGAUCUGUGCUGGAUGCAAAAGUUACUCUAACCGAAAGUGCAUUUACGUACUAA